CUACAACCCUCGGCGCCGGGCAGAGCCGGGAUGGGGGCCCCGGGGCUGGAGGAAACGGCCACUCAGGGAGCAGCAAAGUGGGGCACCAAGGCCCUGUGCUAAGCACUCAUAAUCCUCUGGGGGUGCUACCCCAUACAAACAGCACCCCCACCAUGUUUAACCUAAUGAAGAAAGACAAGGACAAAGAUGGCGGGCGGAAGGAGAAGAAGGAGAAGAAGGAGAAAAAGGAGCGGAUGUCAGCGGCAGAGCUUCGGAGCCUGGAGGAGAUGAGCCUGCGACGCGGCUUCUUCAACCUGAACCGCUCCUCCAAGCGUGAAUCCAAGACGCGCCUGGAAAUCUCCAACCCCAUCCCUAUCAAGGUGGCCAGCGGCUCUGACCUACACCUCACUGACAUUGACUCCGACAGUAACCGGGGCAGCAUCAUCCUGGACUCGGGCCAUCUAAGCACAGCCAGCUCCAGCGAUGACCUCAAGGGUGAGGAGGGCAGCUUCCGUGGCUCGGUGCUGCAGCGGGCAGCCAAGUUCGGCUCACUGGCCAAGCAGAACUCACAGAUGAUUGUCAAGCGCUUUUCCUUCUCCCAGCGUAGCCGGGAUGAGAGCGCCUCAGAAACCUCGACGCCCUCAGAGCACUCUGCCGCCCCCUCACCACAGGUGGAGGUGAGGACUCUAGAGGGACAGCUGGUGCAGCAUUCUGGCCCAGGCAUCCCUCGACCAGGGCACCGAUCCCGAGCCCCUGAGCUAGUGACUAAAAAGUUCCCAGUCGACCUGCGCCUGCCCCCCGUGGUGCCCCUGCCCCCACCUGCCCUCCGGGAGCUGGAGCUGCAACGACGGCCCACUGGAGACUUUGGCUUCUCCCUGCGGCGCACAACCAUGCUGGAUCGGGGCCCUGAGGGCCAGGCCUAUCGGCGGGUGGUCCACUUUGCUGAGCCUGGUGCAGGCACCAAGGACCUGGCCUUGGGGCUGGUGCCAGGAGAUCGACUGGUGGAGAUUAAUGGGCACAAUGUGGAGAACAAGUCCAGGGAUGAAAUUGUGGAGAUGAUCCGGCAGUCAGGGGACAGCGUACGGCUCAAGGUGCAGCCCAUUCCAGAGCUCAGCGAACUCAGCAGGAGCUGGCUGCGGAGCGGCGAGGGACCUCGGAGGGAGCCAUCCGAUGCGAAGACAGAAGAGCAGAUUGCAGCGGAGGAGGCCUGGAAUGAGACGGAGAAGGUGUGGCUGGUCCACAGGGACGGCUUCUCACUGGCCAGUCAACUCAAAUCCGAGGAGCUCAGCUUGCCUGAGGGGAAGGUGCGCGUGAAGCUGGACCACGAUGGGGCCAUCCUGGAUGUGGACGAGGAUGACGUGGAGAAGGCUAAUGCUCCCUCCUGCGACCGUCUGGAGGAUCUGGCCUCACUGGUGUACCUCAAUGAGUCCAGUGUCCUGCACACCUUGCGCCAGCGCUAUGGCGCUAGCCUGCUGCACACGUAUGCUGGCCCCAGCCUGCUGGUUCUUGGCCCCCGUGGGGCCCCUGCUGUGUACUCCGAGAAGGUGAUGCACAUGUUCAAGGGGUGUCGGCGGGAGGACAUGGCACCCCACAUCUAUGCCGUGGCCCAGACCGCAUACAGGGCGAUGCUGAUGAGCCGUCAGGACCAGUCAAUCAUCCUCCUGGGUAGUAGUGGCAGUGGCAAGACCACCAGCUGCCAGCAUCUGGUGCAGUACCUGGCCACCAUCGCGGGCAUCAGCGGGAACAAGGUGUUUUCUGUGGAGAAGUGGCAGGCUCUGUACACCCUCCUGGAAGCCUUUGGGAACAGCCCCACCAUCAUGAACGGCAAUGCCACCCGCUUCUCCCAGAUCCUCUCCCUGGACUUUGACCAAGCUGGCCAGGUGGCCUCAGCCUCCAUUCAGACAAUGCUUCUGGAGAAGCUUCGUGUGGCUCGGCGCCCAGCCAGUGAGGCCACAUUCAACAUCUUCUACUACCUGCUGGCCUGUGGGGAUGGCACCCUCAGGACAGAGCUCCACCUCAACCACUUGGCAGAGAACAAUGUGUUUGGGAUUGUGCCACUGGCCAAGCCUGAGGAAAAGCAGAAGGCAGCUCAGCAGUUUAGUAAGCUGCAGGCGGCCAUGAAGGUGCUGGGCAUCUCCCCCGAUGAACAGAAGGCCUGCUGGCUCAUUCUGGCUGCCAUCUACCACCUGGGGGCUGCAGGAGCUACCAAAGAAGCUGCUGAAGCUGGGCGCAAGCAGUUUGCCCGCCAUGAGUGGGCCCAGAAGGCUGCGUACCUACUGGGCUGCAGCCUGGAGGAGCUGUCUUCAGCCAUCUUCAAGCACCAGCACAAGGGUGGCACUCUGCAGCGCUCCACCUCCUUCCGCCAGGGCCCUGAGGAGAGUGGCCUGGGAGAUGGGACAGGCCCGAAACUGAGUGCGCUGGAGUGCCUUGAGGGCAUGGCGGCUGGCCUCUACAGUGAGCUCUUCACCCUUCUCGUCUCCCUGGUGAACAGGGCUCUCAAGUCCAGCCAGCACUCGCUCUGCUCCAUGAUGAUUGUCGACACCCCGGGUUUCCAGAACCCUGAGCAGGGUGGGUCGGCCCGCGGAGCCUCCUUUGAAGAGCUGUGCCACAACUACACCCAGGACCGGCUGCAGAGGCUCUUCCACGAGCGCACCUUCGUGCAGGAGUUGGAAAGAUACAAGGAGGAGAACAUCGAGCUGGCGUUUGAUGACUUGGAGUCCCCCACGGAUGACUCUGUGGCUGCUGUGGACCAGGCCUCCCAUCAGUCCCUGGUCCGCUCGCUGGCCCGCACAGAUGAGGCAAGGGGCCUGCUAUGGCUAUUGGAAGAGGAGGCUCUGGUGCCAGGGGCCAGUGAGGACACCCUCCUGGAGCGCCUUUUCUCCUAUUAUGGCCCCCAGGAAGGUGACAAAAAAGGCCAAAGCCCCCUUCUGCGCAGCAGCAAACCACACCACUUUCUCCUGGGCCACAGCCAUGGCACCAACUGGGUAGAGUACAACGUGACUGGCUGGCUGAACUACACCAAGCAGAACCCAGCCACCCAGAAUGCCCCCCGGCUCCUGCAGGACUCCCAGAAAAAAAUCAUCAGCAACCUGUUUCUGGGCCGCGCAGGCAGUGCCACGGUGCUGUCUGGCUCCAUUGCGGGCCUGGAGGGCGGCUCGCAGCUGGCACUGCGUCGGGCCACCAGCAUGCGGAAGACCUUUACCACGGGCAUGGCGGCUGUCAAAAAGAAGUCACUGUGCAUCCAGAUGAAGCUGCAAGUGGAUGCCCUCAUCGACACCAUCAAGAAGUCGAAGCUGCAUUUUGUGCACUGCUUCCUGCCUGUGGCUGAGGGCUGGGCUGGGGAGCCCCGUUCCGCCUCCUCCUGCCGAGUCAGCAGCAGCAGUGAGCUGGACCUGCCCUCCGGAGACCACUGCGAGGCUGGGCUCCUGCAGCUCGACGUGCCCCUGCUCCGCACCCAGCUCCGCGGCUCCCGCCUGCUCGAUGCCAUGCGCAUGUACCGCCAAGGUUACCCUGACCACAUGGUGUUUUCUGAGUUCCGCCGCCGCUUUGAUGUCCUGGCCCCGCACCUGACCAAGAAACACGGGCGUAACUACAUCGUGGUGGAUGAAAGGCGGGCGGUGGAGGAGCUGCUGGAGUGCUUGGAUCUGGAGAAGAGCAGCUGCUGCAUGGGCCUGAGCCGGGUGUUCUUCCGGGCGGGUACCUUGGCACGGCUGGAGGAGCAGCGGGACGAACAAACCAGCAGGAACCUAACCCUUUUCCAAGCAGCCUGCCGGGGCUACCUGGCCCGCCAGCACUUCAAGAAGAGAAAGAUCCAGGACCUGGCCAUUCGCUGUGUUCAGAAGAACAUCAAGAAGAACAAAGGGGUGAAGGACUGGCCCUGGUGGAAGCUCUUUACCACAGUGAGGCCCCUCAUUGAAGUACAGCUGUCAGAGGAGCAGAUCCGGAACAAAGACGAGGAGAUCCAGCAGCUGCGGAGCAAGCUCGAGAAGGUGGAGAAGGAGCGGAACGAGCUGCGGCUCAACAGUGACCGGCUGGAGAGCCGGAUCUCGGAGCUGACAUCGGAGCUGACAGAUGAGCGUAACACAGGAGAGUCUGCCUCCCAGCUGCUGGACGCGGAGACAGCAGAGAGGCUCCGGGCUGAGAAGGAGAUGAAGGAAUUGCAGACCCAGUAUGAUGCACUGAAGAAGCAGAUGGAGGUUAUGGAAAUGGAAGUGAUGGAGGCCCGUCUCAUCCGGGCAGCGGAGAUCAACGGGGAAGUGGAUGAUGAUGAUGCAGGUGGCGAGUGGCGGCUGAAGUACGAGCGGGCUGUGCGGGAGGUGGACUUCACCAAGAAACGGCUCCAGCAGGAGUUUGAGGACAAGCUGGAGGUGGAGCAGCAGAACAAGAGGCAGCUGGAGCGGCGGCUCGGGGACCUGCAGGCAGACAGUGAGGAGAGUCAGCGGGCUCUGCAGCAGCUCAAGAAGAAGUGCCAGCGGCUGACGGCUGAGCUGCAGGAUACCAAGCUGCACCUGGAGGGCCAGCAGGUCCGCAACCAUGAGCUGGAGAAGAAGCAGAGGAGGUUUGACAGUGAGCUCUCGCAGGCGCAUGAGGAGGCCCAGCGGGAGAAGCUGCAGCGGGAGAAGCUGCAGCGGGAGAAGGACAUGCUCCUUGCUGAGGCUUUCAGCCUGAAGCAGCAACUAGAGGAAAAAGACAUGGAUAUUGCAGGGUUCACCCAGAAGGUUGUGUCACUAGAGGCAGAGCUCCAGGACAUUUCUUCCCAAGAGUCCAAGGAUGAGGCUUCUCUGGCCAAGGUCAAGAAACAGCUCCGGGACCUGGAGGCCAAAGUCAAGGAUCAGGAAGAAGAGCUGGAUGAGCAGGCAGGGACCAUCCAGAUGCUGGAGCAGGCCAAGCUGCGUCUGGAGAUGGAGAUGGAGCGAAUGAGACAGACCCAUUCUAAGGAGAUGGAGAGUCGGGAUGAGGAGGUGGAGGAGGCCCGGCAGUCGUGUCAGAAGAAGUUAAAACAGAUGGAGGUUCAGCUGGAGGAAGAGUAUGAGGACAAGCAGAAGGUGCUGCGAGAGAAGCGGGAGCUGGAGGGCAAGCUCGCCACCCUCAGCGACCAGGUGAACCGGCGGGACUUUGAGUCAGAGAAGCGGCUGCGGAAGGACCUGAAGCGCACCAAGGCCCUGCUGGCGGAUGCCCAGCUCAUGCUGGACCACCUGAAGAACAGCGCUCCCAGCAAGCGAGAGAUUGCCCAGCUCAAGAACCAGCUGGAGGAGUCAGAGUUCACCUGUGCGGCAGCCGUGAAAGCACGGAAAGCAAUGGAGGUAGAGAUCGAAGACCUGCACCUGCAGAUUGAUGACAUCGCCAAAGCCAAGACAGUGCUGGAGGAGCAGCUGAGCCGCCUUCAGCGUGAGAAGAAUGAAAUCCAGAACCGGCUAGAGGAGGAUCAGGAAGACAUGAACGAAUUGAUGAAAAAGCACAAGGCUGCCGUGGCUCAGGCUUCCCGGGACCUGGCUCAGAUAAAUGAUCUCCAAGCUCAGCUAGAAGAGGCCAACAAAGAGAAGCAGGAGCUGCAGGAGAAGCUACAAGCCCUCCAGAGCCAGGUGGAGUUCCUGGAGCAGUCCAUGGUGGACAAGUCCCUGGUGAGCAGGCAGGAAGCUAAGAUACGGGAGCUGGAGACACGCCUGGAGUUUGAAAGGACGCAAGUGAAACGGCUGGAGAGCCUGGCUAGCCGGCUCAAGGAAAACAUGGAGAAGCUUACUGAGGAGCGGGAUCAGCGCAUUGCAGCCGAGAACCGGGAGAAGGAACAGAACAAGCGGCUACAGAGGCAGCUCCGGGACACCAAGGAGGAGAUGGGCGAGCUUGCCAGGAAGGAGGCCGAGGCCAGCCGCAAGAAGCACGAACUGGAGAUGGAUCUAGAAAGCCUGGAGGCUGCUAACCAGAGCCUGCAGGCUGACCUAAAGCUGGCAUUCAAGCGCAUCGGGGACCUGCAGGCCGCCAUCGAGGAUGAGAUGGAGAGUGAUGAGAAUGAGGACCUCAUCAACAGUUUGCAGGACAUGGUGACAAAGUAUCAGAAAAGAAAGAAUAAACUUGAGGGAGACUCGGAUGUGGACUCGGAGCUGGAGGACCGGGUCGACGGGGUCAAAUCCUGGUUGUCAAAAAACAAGGGACCUUCCAAGGCAGCUUCUGAUGAUGGCAGCUUAAAGAGUUCCAGCCCCACCAGCUACUGGAAGUCCCUUGCCCCUGACCGGUCAGAUGAUGAGCACGACCCUCUCGACAACACCUCCAGACCCCGAUACUCCCACAGCUAUCUGAGUGACAGCGACACAGAGGCCAAGCUGACGGAGACUAACAAAUAGCCCAGGGGAGUAGUUCGCAGCCCUUUCACCCCACGGCCUAUGGCUGCCUGGGCACCACUCCCAGGAAGUGGUGGGGCGCCGGUCUCCCCCACCCGACUGCUGAUCUGCAUGGGAAACACCCUGACCUCCUUCUGUCAGGGGGACGUUCCAGGCUAUGGGUGUCUGAUGUCCACGUGGAAGAGGUGGGGGAAAGAGGAGUUUCUGAAGAGAACUUUUUGCUCCUCUCUGCCUCAAAAUGCCAGAUUCUUGGCUUCUACCCUGGGCCACUGUGGACAAUGGCAGGUGGCCUGGCACUGCAUGGCGCCAGCACAUUGACCUCCCUCUCAGCUCCCUGCUCAGGGACGGUGGACAGGUUGCCUACUGGGACACUCUAGGUUGCUGGGUCCAUGGGGAGGAUUGGGGGAGGAGCAGCAAUGCCUUCCCUCUCGUGUGGGGUGGGGGCUCUCUUCCUGGUGCCUGCUGUCUUUCUACUUUUUAAUUUAAAUACCCAACCUCUCCAUCACAGCUGCAUCCCUGAGAGUGGGAGGGGGCUGCAGGGGUAGCUGGGGCUCCCAAGAAUGACUCGGGAAUGUCAUCUCCAUCUUCACCCUUGAGAGAGCAGUCCUUUCUCUGUGCAGCUGGAGACAUUGGUGAGCAGAGCUGGGUCUUGGUUCUUACGAAUGAGUUCGGGAGGGGCUCUCCAGUACUGCUGGGCUGGGUUGAGCAAGCCUAUACAGACAAGUGUGCGUGUGGACCAUCCACACCUCCGGCCCCCACCCCACCCUCUUUGUCUCAGCGUGUUAUGUGCAAUGACCUAUUUAAGAUAAACCCAUUCCAACUACAGCAGUUCAGGGCUGAUCCAAGCACUGCCUCCCUCCUGCUCUGUCCAGGUAGCCUGGACCAUAAACUCAACUUGAGAGGGAAGACUUGGGGUUGAGGGCUUGUCAUCAGAAAAACUGAAGAUGGAAGUUUUGGCCAUUAGACAUGAGUCCUCACUCUGUGUCCUGAGCCCAUGUCAUUCUUCUUCUUCCAACCUCCCUGCCCCCACACACUUACCCCAGACACAACACCAUGUGGUCUGGAGGUCCCAGCCCCCACCCUAAAAAGGUUAUCCCUAACAACUCCACCAGACUUGGGAGCCCAAGGGCAGUGCCUGGUGCUGCUCCCAUCUGCCACCCCUCUUCUCUCCUGCAAUUGGUUUGUACUCACUGGGCUGUGCUCUCCCCUGUUUACCUGAUGUAUGGAAAUAAAGGCCCUUUUCCUCCUG